UUUCUCAACCAAGUUACAUAAAGUUACAUACCUAAGAUGACUAAGAAACCCCCCUUUUAACCCAAGGGCUGACGUCUAUCGACAUACCCACGCACAUUUUGACGAGGGAAACAAUCGCUCCCAUAAAUCGUACGACAUGUAUAGCCUGGGUAUUAUUCCUGUAGAAACUGCUUUAUGGAAGCCUAUUGAGAUGAUCUUGAAGAUCGAAGACUUGGCGACAAUGAAACCUACCGACUUACGCAAUGUACGUGGGAAACUGCUAGACUUACCGGAUAAUCAUGCCGAAGAAAGUAAAACCGCAUUGGUAUCCAAAAAUUCGGAGCAUUUGGUGGAAGUUGGACGCACGUUUGGAGAUUCCUACCGCGAUAUCGUAGAGAUAUGUCUUUGCGCAAAUGAGGUGGAGCGGCGAACAUACUGUCAGGAUUAAUGCCCGUUGAGGUCAUUCAUACACAGAGUGGAUGUCUAAGGUAGGUAGACCAAGUAAUAGAUUGUAUUGAACUAGUAACGCCUGGCCUUCUAU